CCAAGGUGGGUACUGUCAAAGUCAAACACCAGAAGAAAUAGCACGUACACACUAUCGUACACACGGAUUUCCUGGUGAUUUUACUGAAACCUUCAGCGUGAUAUUAAAGCAUGACUUUAUUGCAUGCAUAGGGGUGAGAGGGAAACCAAAGCAAUGGAUAUUUCUAUCAUAGAGGGGUUAAACAUCGAUGGAAGGGAACUCUCUCUUUUGUGCAAAACUGUUCCUGGUCUCUCCGAAGAAAUCACUUGCAAAUCUACAAGUUCUUCGUCCAGUCUAUAUCAGGUUCUUUUGGUCAUAGGGAGUACCAGCACAUGCCUUGUUUACCUGGGUAACACCCAGCCUGGGGUGCUUCUCCUUAUUGCUGUCAUUUGUCUCAUUCUAUUUGUGAAAUACAGCUAUGUGGACGUCAAAACAGAGUCAGUGGUUGUGAUCAAGGAUCUUGGUGUUCAACUUUGCACUACGUUCAAAUCCAACCGACAAGUCAAGGAGUUUGUGGACAGGAGAAACAUCAUGGAUGUCAUUGUUAAUGAGGCUAUCACAAUGAAUAAAGUCAUUUAUUACCUAGCUCUUCUUGUAUCAUCCGGUGAACAGGAAGAAAGCCAGCCCAAGUUGAUUCCUCUACUUUUAGCCCACAGACCCCGUCUCGACCUGUUACAGCAUGCCUACAAGAAGAUAAGGACCAUUUUAAUAGAGGGCAAUUCGUCAAAAAAAGAUGGUAAAACAAAGUUUUGAUUAAUGAUCAUCUAAAACAAUGCUAGAAUUUGUACAUAGUCUAUUGUAAUGUGGGUGGAAAUCUCACAAUAAAGCAUAUAUAUAUAU